UAUAAAAUUUUAAACUCUAAUUCCAAAACCCCACCCCUUAACUCUAAACCCUAAGGUUUGGAUUAAUUAACCCAAGGGGUAUAAAUAUAUAUUUACCUCUUUAAUGAAAUCUAUUUUUGUGACUUUGAACCUUAAGUGCUACUUUGGGAACAUAAACUUGGUUUGGUGCUAUCCUAGUCUUUUUCUCUAUAACUUACUUAAUAUUUGAUUUAAAAGCAAUUUAUACCGUUCAAUCUUCAAUAAUCAAUAAAUUGUUUGAUAUACUUAUCCCAGUGACCAAAGAGUAACCACCAAAUCAACAAAAACAUGUUAAAGCAAAAUAAUUAGACAAACAAAAAACAAAUUUGGCUCAUUCUUUCUUUGGCAUGAUUUGUCUAGCCUAAGCCUCUACACAGUUAUCGUUUUAUAACUAAUAAUGUUUAACUUCAAGAUAUGAAAGAAUGUAUUGUCAAAAUAAAUAAAAAAGAUAUGAAAGAAUAUACCUAUCAUAAUACCACCACUUCAAUUUGGAUUAUAUAUAGUUUGACAACCCAUCAUGCGUAUUUAUCUCAUCUUGCAUAGUUCAAAUAACAUAUAAUCUAUAUUUUUCUUACAACAGAAGGAAAUGGCGGGACCUCCAUAAUUUUUCUAGAGGUUUGGUUUGUUCGUAUUGUAUUAAUCGAAUAAACUAGUCGAAUAACACAACGCGAAUGAACCAAAACAAGAGCUUAAACAUAUGCUUUUGCCUCCUCUUGAUCUUGGCUCUACCACUAUAAAUAAACCGCUCCAACAAUAGCUUUAAGAAAAAGACACAAAACAUCUAUCGAACUAAUAAUUUACAAACUACAUUUUUUUCUUGCAAGAACAAGAUGCCUACAGUGUUAACAGAUGUCUUUAGAGGCCAUCCCAUUCACCUCCCACACACUCACCAACCUGACUUCACAUCCCUUAGUGAGCUCCCGGAUUCUUACACGUGGACCUCCAAAGACGAUCCCCUCUUCACCGCUCCUCCUUCCCCUCCGGACGCCGGUGAAAGCAUACCUCUCAUUGACCUGAAUCACCCCGACGCGGCCAACCAAAUCGGCCGUGCAUGUAGAACGUGGGGUGCGUUCCAGAUAGCAAACCACGGCGUGCCUUUGGAACUUCUCCAAGGCAUUGAGUUUCUCACCGGUAGUCUUUUUCAGCUACCAGUUCAACGCAAGCUUAAGGCGGCUCGGUCAGAUACAGGUUUCUCUGGCUACGGCGUCGCUCGUAUCUCAUCUUUCUUUAAUAAGAAAAUGUGGUCCGAAGGCUUCACCAUCACCGGUUCCCCUCUCAAUGAUUUCCGUAAACUUUGGCCCCAACUUCACCUUAACUACUGCGACAUCGUUGAACAGUACGAGGAACAAAUGCAAAAGUUGGCAUCGAAGUUGAUGUGGCUAUCACUGAAUUCACUUGGCGUCACCGAAGAAGACAUUAAAUGGGCCACGGUCAGUUCAGAUUUAAACUGGGCCCAAUCUGCCCUCCAGCUAAACCACUACCCGGUUUGCCCUGAACCCGAUCGGGCUAUGGGUCUAGCACCCCAUACCGACUCCACCCUCUUGACCAUACUCUACCAGAAUAAUACCGCCGGUCUCCAAGUAUUUCGUGAUGAUUUUGGUUGGGUCACCGUGCCACCGGUUCCUGGAUCACUCGUGGUCAAUGUUGGUGAUCUUUUCCACAUUCUAUCCAACGGUUUGUUUAAAAGCGUGAUUCACCGUGCUCGGGUUAACCAAACCAGACCCAGGUUAUCCGUAGCUUUCCUUUGGGGUCCACGGUCUGAUACAAAGAUAUCACCUGUACCAAAACUGGUUAGUCCUGAUGAAUCGCCUUUAUACCGAUCGGUCACAUGGACAGAGUAUCUCCGAACAAAAGCAACCCACUUCAAUAAAGCUCUUUCAAUGAUUAGAAAUCACAGAGAGAAAUAAUAGUUCAUGAGAUCAUAUAAUAAUAUUUGUGAUAUGCUAGUUAAUUUGAUUAAUACAAAUUGUUGUAAAUUAUUUAUCAUUGUUUGUCUUAAUUUUAUUUGCACUAUGUUCCACACAAAAAUCUGGCACUUAUAUAAUCGUCUAAAAAAAUAAAAUUUGCAAUUAUGCGAUGAGGGUCCCAAGAAAUUAUAUGACUGAAACGCUAAAGAUAGAGUAUUUUAUACUUACAUUAAAGACAAACUACACGGUGUUUGUUCAGGCUUCUACACAAUUCAGCUUGUUUGAUUGCUAUCUGACAGAUUGUCUGGAAAAAACGAAAGAUCACACCUAAUAUGAUCAUAUGUCCAAACCUAAAAAAAAUUGACCAAAAUAAAUACAAUCUUAUUCUUAUCCUACUUCUACAAGAGAUAUACAGUAUCAUCAUAAUAUGCCCAUCUUUAUGAAAAUUUUCGUGUUGAAUUGUCACUGAUUAGAAAAUAGAUAAACAUUUUGGUAUAGUGGAGACUUGAAAUAAAGUGAUUUAGAACUUUUUGAUCUUCAUUACCAAAACUGCAAAAUAAUAGUAGUAAAUAAAAAAAGUAAAGAGUAAAUAUUAAGGCAAUCUCACUGGAAAUUCUAUAAAAGUAUCUAAAAUUCAAAACAUUAAAAAGUAUAAAACUAAAAAAUUAUCACUACGGCUCGGAUCAAUCAGUUCAGUAUGCUUUCAAACAAGUCUACUUUGUAUCUAAAUGCGUUUUUCCAAAACCGAGUAGCCGUUAAAGUAUAAUAUAGAAAAAAGUAUAAAACUUUGUAAAAAGGUGGUGAGAGAAGUAAAUGACAUUCUCAUCCCAUAAACUAAAAAAAAAACUCUCGUGUGAUGUGUUGCAUGUUAUUAGUCCAUCUUACUUUUAUGAUUUUAAAUUAUUAAUUAAAUUAUGUUCAAUUUAUUAAUAUUUCAUUUAUGAGAUGCUUUGUUUGAGAUAAUGUACAUGCUCUUAGUGAAUGCCCCAUAACAGUAUAAACGAGGCCCAUUUUCUACUAUUUUUGUUUGAAAAAGGGUUUAAACAAAGUAAACACACUAUAGUUUUAGAUUAGUGAUAUGUAGGCAAUAUACACACACUAUUGGUUCCGAAGACAACAUAAAGCAGACAUCUUACUACACAACAAGAUUACGAAAGGCAUAUAUUUUGGUUGAAAUCAAUAUCAGGUGUGUGUAUAAUUGUGAUUAGGGUUCAUAGUGGGUGCCAUAAAUCAUAGUAGGCCUUGGUCAUGGUACAGUGAGCCUUGAGACGAAUCUCCAAUGUUUCGUAGAUCCUUCAUGGCGAAAGGGCUAAGGAUGGUCGUUGUCCACCUCUUUUUCUGGUGUUGAUAUAUAUCAUCCCUUCUUGAAACGAGAAGAGACCAAAUGAAUACCUCACUUCCACGCUCUCUAUCUCCACCUUGUGAUAAACACGCCUUGAUUCUAUCGUUUCUUCACCCGUUGUUAACUUAUUUAACUAAAGAAACAAAGAAUUAGAAAUAUAUAAAGGUUGUGUUGUCUAAAAUAUGUGAUUCAUCCAAGAAAUUAAAACUAAAUUUACUUGAAUAUUUACGUAACAGUUUUUCUUGGUCGAGUAAUUGAGAAAUAUUAUUGUUUACCUUUGUACGAAAAAAGGUUGAAAUCAGUCUUGUGUUUAUUAUAUACUCUCUCAUUGAAAUAUAAAUCAACGUUAGCUUGUAUAAGAUGCUUUUCUUUUGACAGCAUCUAUCUAUCUUAUUAAAACUCAAGUAAAAAACUGGAGUGUUUGGAAACUUAAAUAAGACUAUUAAAAAAUUUGAAAUGGUUGGAAACAUGGAUUGUACUCAAUUAAAAAAAAUAAUUUUGUUUGAAAACAAGGAUAAUAGUAUUAAAAAAAAGUAAUGAGCUUAUGUUAUUAAGAAAAAUUGAAAGUCCA